CUCCAUUAUAUAUAAGCCCUCCUUUGGCUAUAUUAUAUCAUACAUUGCAUUCUCAGCUCUCACUUAAGUCUGCAGCAGCUCUCUCACUCUCUCUCUUUCUCUCAAGGAGCUUUUAGAUAUUCUUUGCAUCUCUCACCUUGCUUUUUAGUCACAUUAAUUCUGCAAUAAUGGAGAGAAGCCAAAUGCAUCGACAGCUUGCCAACAUGAGGAAAGCUCUUUUUGAUCAGGGAUUUCUUGACGAACAAUUUGUUCAGCUAGAGGAAUUACAGGAUGAUGCUAACCCUAAUUUCGUCGAGGAAAUUGUUACAUUGUACUAUAGGGAUUCAUCGCGAUCAAUUCUGAAUAUAGAGCAAGCAUUGGAGAGGAGCCCUCAAGACUUCACUAAGUUGGACAGCUAUAUGCACCAGUUCAAGGGAAGUAGUUCGAGCAUUGGAGCCAAAAAGGUGAAACAUGAAUGUACACAGUUUAGGGAGUACUGCAAGGAAGGAAAUGGAGAAGGAUGCAAGAGGACUUUCCAACAACUCCAGAAAGAAUAUUCAACCCUCAAAAAGAAGCUUGAAGCUUAUUUUCAGUUGGCAAGACAAAUUGGACCUAUUGAGACUGCGACUCGCCCCAAGUAAGGACUUAAUCGAAAGUGAAUUGGAAAGCCAUGACUGGUGAAUUUCAUAGAAUAUGAAUGUGGAAAUCUACACUUCCACCCUAAUAGAAAAUAAUGUAAGGUUGUAGUAGCUAGGGUUUUUGGUGUUGGACCAUGCCUGUAAGCUCAGCAUAUUUUGAUCAAUGAAUCAGAAAUUUGCUUUUGAUCCAA